CUGUGUGUAGUGUGUGUGAAAAGAAAUUGUAUGUCGAUCGGCUGUCCCAACCUUCACGUGCUGUUCUUAUCUUCUGCAAGGCAAAUGGGAUAGAAUUCGAGGAAGUGAAUAUUCAGCUGGGGAAGAUGCAACACCGAUCCCCUGAAUUUGCAGAAAUAAACCCCAUGAGAAAAGUUCCAGCAAUUAUGCAUGCUGAUUUCAAGCUUUUUGAGAGUCAUGCCAUUCUUGUUUAUCUGGCUUCUGCAUUUCCUGGAGUCGCCGAUCACUGGUAUCCGGCUGAUGUACACAAAAGAGCAAAGAUCCAUUCAGUGCUGGACUGGCAUCACUCUAAUCUUCGGCGCGGUUCAGUUGAAUAUCUCUUCAACACCCUUGUCGCACCGGAGUUUGGUCUGCCGUUGGACCAAAAAGCCGCAGACGUAGGUGAGAAACUUCUGUCGGCAUCUCUUGCAAUGAUUGAAUCGUAUUGGCUUGAGGGAGAUGGGCCAUUUUUGCUGGGGAAUUCUCAACCUUCCAUUGCAGAUCUUGCUUUAGUUUGUGAAAUCAUGCAACUUGAGGUUGCAGAUGAGAAGGACCGUGAUCGUAUUUUAGUCGGACACACGAGAAUUUUGAAGUGGAUUGAAGACACAAAGAAUGUAACGGCACCUUAUUUUGAUGAAAUUCAUUCCGUCAUGCCGCUUAUCAAAGAGAACCUCGCAGAACUUAAGGCCAAGCAAGCAAACAAUGAGGGCAAGUAGCUCACAUAGAUGGGGAAAUUGUCGAAGCGUGCAUGCUCUGGAUUUACUUGCUUACUACAAAUUUGUUGUAGUUUGUGUUUGUUCAUCUUUGGUUUGCUAAAAGAUGUAUUUUCAGUGUGCUUUUUUUUAUUUAUUUUUAAUAUUAAUCACACUUAGACCUCUUUUAAAAAUGUUGAAAUACAGUUUUCUAAAAAACAAUUCAA